ACCUGCCAGGGUAAGAGCACAGUUUGUGAAUGCCAUGUUGGUUCCCAGCUACGAAUGAACCUACACUUAGUAAACCGUUUGCUGAAAUAAAACGUCGCAAUAGUUUGUGUACAGUGUUUGCUUCAGUGUUUGGAUGCACUAGUGAGGGGUUUAAACAGGGGUGCUGACUUCUUUGUUACUUUUGUUCGACCUGGUGAUUAGCUGCACUGUUUACAAGGAAUGCGACUGAAAAGUGCAUUGUUUCAGGCUGUUUUUUUGUUUUUUUCUUUUUAAAUCUGGGUGUUUUUAAGGAGACGUCGCUUGCGCAGUGUGCGCGCUGGGACAGAGAAAGUGCGCAACGGGUAGGAAACUCUGAUAACAACUCAAGGAUUAAUUUUGUUUUUUUUUUAAUCACCGUGAAGAACUCGCUUACACUCCAUUUUGUUCCAACAUUAAGGGGCAAUGAGCUACAGCCAGCGAGCUCUCCUCGUCCUGGCACUGUUGGGGGUUUUGUCGGCGAUCAUGUCGCUAAUGUCGGCGAGUUUGAUUUUCCAGCUGAAUGCGGGGUUGAAGGAGUCUGGAUCCGCGGUGCCGGGGGAAAUGUGGACCGUGUUAAAGCCGCUCUCUGCUGUGCUUUCUGCGCUCUCUCUUACUCUCAGCUCCAGUUCGGCCAUUAUAUGUCUGCUGCAUUCACACUUCACCGCAGAGAUGUGGAGAGAACAUACACACAGGGCUGAGUGGUUUCUGUCAGACAGCAGGGUCAUUCGGCAUGUCGCUAUCGGCUUGUUUUGUGCUGGGAUUUCUUUUUACCUGGGUGGCUUGUCCAUUUACAUGCUGCUGGUCUUUGAGAUUGAGACAGGAAUAGCCAGUGUGUGUGUGCUCUCCUCUGGUAUACUGGUGCUGCUGGUUCUAGUGGCUCAUACUCUUGUCCGUGUCGCAUGCACAUCCAGACACUUUUACAACCAACACGUCAAUACCGUGUACCAGAACGACCCUGAGAUAAGCGCUGGCAUCAGCACAGUUGCAUCAGAGCUUAGCAUCAGGGAAAAGACCACGAGACAACGCAGUGAAGACAGCAUGAACCACCUGUUUACCAACACAGAGCCCAAACAACAAUACUCUAGUGAAAGAGAGGCUUAUGGUGUGAGUGGACGCAUACAUAGGACCCUGUCUACUGAAUCCAGCCUCCUCCAGACACACCCAAAACCCUGGAAAGGCGUCAACAAUGAGAUGAGAACUGUGCUGACUCGCAAAGCCACAGGCAAAGACUCCACAUUAGUGUAAGGCGCCAUUCCUGCGAGAGACUUUCAGUGAAACUGAUCCUUUUACUAUUUUUUGCUACAGACUUUUUCCUGUACACUUCGCCACAACGUCAUGAUAAUCGAGCACUAGGAACACAGACUUAACAUAUAAAAACACUAAAGCUUCAUCCUACAAUUACAAAAUUGUGUAGACACUGUUACUAUAUACAGAUUGUGCUUGUAGGUCUUGUCACUUUUAUUUUUAAAUAUUUACUUUCUGGCCUGUUUUUUUCAGUUCCUACAAAUGACAAAAUAAUGCAAAAGGUAAUGCCUGUAACAUCUACUGAAGUGUAACUAGAUUUAAAAUGUUUUAAUCUUAGGAAAAGUAAUUGUUACAGUAGAUGUUUUGGAUUUUAUCUUGAAUGGCUUAAAUCUUUUUUUUUUUUUAAUACUGCUUUGUAGAUUUUUUUUAUUCUGUCAAUCUCCAGUUAAGAUUUUAUAAUAAUCCUAAUCCUAAUGUAUGCUAUAGUUUUUUUUUUCUUUUUUUCAAUUCCAAUAGAAUUGAUUAAUUAUCGGAUUGUGGCAACCUGAAUCAAAACUGAAUAACUUCCUACUCAUUUAAAUUAGUUUUCAAGCCUAAAUAUAACAGCACUAAUUUUAAUUAACUGGAGACAUAUUCAUAAAAAAACUUGAACAAAAAAUAAACAGUUCAAAUCUAA